UAGACCUUUACACAAGCCUGUCUCUCUGUGUGGAGGCCAGCCUGGAGUCUCUCAGCCCCACCUGCCAGACAACUCCCCUCCCUCCUCAUCCUGUCUUCUCUAUCCUCCUGACACCUUGAUUUCCAUCUUGGCCAGCUUGGACAAUGCCUCCCAACCUCACCGGCUACUAUUGCUUUGUCUCGCAGAAGAACAUAGAGGAUUACCUGCAAGCCCUAAACAUCAACGUGGCUCUGCGGAAGAUAGCACGGCUGCUCAAGCCCGACAAAGAGAUUGACCAUCAAGGCAACCACAUAACAGUGAAGACCCUCAGCACCUUUCGCAACUAUGUUAUAGAAUUCCAGGUGGGAGUUGAGUUUGAAGAGGACCUAAGGAUGGUGGAUGGACGAAAAUGCCAGACCAUAGUAACCUGGGAGGAGGAGCAGCUGGUCUGUGUGCAGAAAGGGGAGGUGCCUAACCGAGGCUGGAAGCACUGGCUGGAAGGAGAGAAGUUGUACCUGGAACUGACUGCAAGGGAUGCAGUGUGCGAGCAGGUCUUCAGGAAGGUCAAGUAGCCGGAGAGGAGCCGAGGGCUGCUCCAGACAGCACCGGUCCCCAGACUCCUCUUGCUUGUGCCCCUUUAAGCCCAGAUUGUCCCAGGUCAUCAGUCCCUUUCUCAGGCCACUUUCCCUCCCUCUGAGUCCCUUGUCACCCCCCCCCCAUGUUAAUCUAUAACUUGCAGCCCCCAAGGCCAAAGUCAUUUCUUUCUCACACUGCCCGAUAGUGACCUGAUAUCCAGUUCAAGGUCUGGCCUCCUGUAUGAAAGAAACAGGCAAAGGGGAAAAGGCUCUUGAGAAUAACCAAUCUCAACUGUCUUUAGUUCAUCUGGCCUCUUAUUUUUCCAUCUAAGAAAGAACUAAGCUUUGAGCAUUUGGCGGUUAGUGAAAACUAUCCUGGUGGACCUUUUGGAAAACUGUGCCUGGGGUUCAAGAAUUUAAACAGGAGCUAAUGGUAGUCUUUUUGUUCAUUUCCUUGUCCUUGUUUUGGAAGAAGGCAUCAUAUGCUCAAUGGAAAAAUGCCCAAGGCACAGCCCUACCUGCAGAGAGUUCAGUUUACCAACAUCUGAUUGCAUUAUGGCUCUUAUACUUUCAUCCUACAUGUUGGGGAAGAAGGAGGGGACUGGAUAACACGCUUCGUACAGUACUGGGGGAGCUUCUAAGUAGUGACCUGGCUUCCAUGUCUGCUUUGAGAAGGGCAGGCAGCAAGAAGGCCAGAAAAGACUGAAAAGGGAAGCAGAUAGAAGAUAUAAGGCCAAGGGCUAGAAAGAUAAGGAACAUGGGGAUGUGAAGGCAACAGUAGGAAAAAGACCAAAAGACCUGGCUCUAGAGACCCUCUACUUAAAAUCCAGCUAGACUGGAGACAGAGAAUAAGGGGGAGAACUGAGAACAGCAAGGCCCCUCCCUUAAGGUCCUAGAAUCACUGUCCUAUUCAAGUUCAGAGCCAGAAAGAUAGGGCCUAUUCAAGUUCAGGGCCAGCUCUAACUUCUGGCACCUCCCUACUUCCAGUGGCCUUGGUUCUUUCAGAAUAAAAGUACUUU